AUGCGAGACAAAACUAAGCCCAGCAUCGCGGCCGUCGUCGCCAGUAUGGAUGCCCAUCCAAGCCGUUAUUCAGCAACUGUACGUGUGCAGUCGCAUAGACAAGAGGUCAUACAGGAACUCUAUCCCAUGGUGAAGGAUCUACUGCUCCAGUUCUAUCGAUCCACGCGAUUUAAGCCGACCCGUGUCAUCUACUAUCGUGACGGUGUCAGUGAAGGCCAAUUCUCUAACGUAAGCCUUUCUAUUCUGACUGUUUAA